AUGUUUGAGGCUCGUCUUUUACAUGGUUCAAUCUUUGCAAAAGUUAUUGAAGGUCUUCGUGAAUUAGUCAAUGAAGCAACAUGGGAAUGUAGUGGCAAUGGUAUUACAUUACAAGCUAUGGAUAGUUCUCAUGUUGCUUUAGUUUCACUUGUUAUGCGAAGUGAAGGUUUUGAAUCAUAUCGAUGUGAUCGAAAUAUGAGUUUAGGUAUUAGUCUUGUCAGCAUGUCUAAAGUAUUGAAAACAAUGGGUAAAGAUGAUUCAUUAACUAUUCGUGUCAAUGACGAUUCAGAUUCAAUUAUAAUUGCGAUGGAAUCUCAAAAUCAAGAUAAAUUUGCUGAUUAUGAAUUACGUUUAAUGGAUUUAGAUAGUGAACAUUUAGGCAUUCCAGAUACAGAUUAUUCAUGUACAAUUAAGAUGCCUAGUAGUGAAUUUUCUCGUAUUUGUCGUGAUAUGAGUAUUAUGGGUGAUUCAGUGCUUGUUUGCACAACUAAAGAAGGUGUUAAAUUCUCAGCUAAAGGCGAUCUUGGUCAAGGUAGUAUUCGUCUUGUUCAAACAACCAAUAUUGAAAAAGAAGAAGAAGCAGUUGUUAUUGAAAUGAAAGAAGCUGUUGCACUUACAUUUGCUGUACGAUAUUUGAGUAUGUUUUGUAAAGCAGCCCCACUUUCACCUCAAGUUGGUUUAAGUCUUUCGGAAGAUACACCUUUAAUGUGCGAAUUUAAAAUUGCUGAAAUGGGCCAUGUUCGCUUCUAUUUGGCACCAAAGAUUGAAGAUGCAGAUAGUUAA